UUAUAAAUAGCUGAUCAAAAGAAAUUAUUGGAAGCGGAAUUGGAACUCAUGCUUUACAAAGAAGUAUUUUAUCCUUGAUGAAUCAACCAAUCCGUCGCAAAAGAUUGAUACUUUAAACAACGGUCAGGAGACGGGUUUUUACAUUUUAACUCCCAAAUCCCGUUUAACACACAACGGCAGCGGAGCGUCGUGAGUUUAUUUUAAAAAAUAAGAAUAAAUUUCUUAUUAAGAUAUUAAACUUAUAAUAUUGGAGUUAAGGCGAACAAAAACCCGCCCUAAUUGGAGCGCUGCUUGUGAGUCAUCGUCAACUUCCAGUUUCCUCUUGGACUGUGCGUUAAUUCCAGUUUUAUCUGCAAAUUUCAAAUUUUAUGGAUCUAACGAGCGAGGUGGGAUUAAGGUUGCUUUUUUCUCCAAUUAGUUCCAAUAUUGUUGUUCGGACAGCAUGUUGCACAGUGGGGACUGUUAUACCUGUUUACUCAACAUUUAAAGCAAUCGAAAACAAUGAUCAAAAUGAGCAGCAAAAAUGGCUUCUUUAUUGGACAGUUUAUGGAUCUUUUAGUGUUGCAGAAGUGUUUGCUGACAAAAUCCUAUUCUGGUUUCCACUCUACUACCACGCAAAGUUUGCUUUUUUAGUUUGGCUUCAACUUCCAUCUGCCAAUGGAGCCAAGCAUUUGUAUAUGAGCCAUCUCCGUCCAUUUCUACUGAGGCACCAAGCUAGGCUUGAUCAAAUAUUGGAGUUCAUGUACAAUGAAAUGAGCAAAAUCAUUAGUGCACACCAAGCUGAAAUCAAGUUUGCAAGGGCACUUUCCGUGAAGCUCAUGGCAUCAGUGAACCAGACUGUUUGGGAACUUACUCACCCUGUGCAAAGACAGCAAAAUCGUUCCAUUGAAGGUUCAAGACAAGUAGGUUCAGAUACACAAUCAGACAUUAAAGAUUGAAGCUGUCGUAACAAGCAUAAUUGCAGAUGUUGCCCCUAUUGGAAUCCUCUCUACUCUUUUUUUCUUUUUGGUUAAUAUCUGUUUGUAUCAACAUUUCUCUCACGUCCGAUUCGGCACAUACAAUAGGAGUUUCUGUUGGAAAUAUGAAUGGGGCUCAAGAGUCUUGAAUCCUAUUAAAUGAUGGAGAUAUAUAUUUUUUUGCAAAAAAUAGGAAGCUGUAUCUGUAAUUUUUACCUUUGCAGCUUUUGCUGGAGGAAAGUUUGAUGUAAUCAGCCUAUUUUGACCACCUUUGUUUUAGAUGGAUCUUUAAAUUGCAGCCUCAACACUGUAUCUUAAACAGGCUCUCAGGAACUAGAAAUGCAUUUUCAGUUUUUUAUUUA